GGAGGAGGAGGAGGAGAGAGAGCGCGCGAGUCGAGGCGAGCGCAGCACGUGAAGGAGGCGCAGGCUCGAGCCGGCGGCGUGUGUGAGGAGCGCGAGAGAGCGGCCCGGGCCCAGCCUGAGGCCCGAGUAACCACCAUCUCCCCGAGAGCGUCAGAGACAGCACCAGACAGACAGCCGGACAGAGCCAGACAGCCAUGCCGUCGGUCACGCUGCCAGCCAAGGAGAACGCGCUCUUCAAGCGGAUCCUGAAAUGCUACGAACACAAGCAGUACAGACAUGGGUUGAAGUUUUGCAAACAGAUUCUUAGCAAUCCUAAAUAUGCAGAACAUGGAGAGACCCUGGCAAUGAAAGGCUUAACUCUGAACUGCUUGGGGAAGAAGGAAGAAGCAUAUGAGUAUGUGCGACGAGGCCUCAGGAAUGACCUGAAGAGCCAUGUCUGUUGGCAUGUGUAUGGCCUUCUUCAGAGAUCUGACAAAAAAUAUGAUGAAGCGAUCAAAUGCUACCGGAAUGCUUUAAAAUGGGAUAAAGACAAUCUGCAGAUCUUGAGAGAUCUUUCACUUCUACAGAUUCAGAUGCGUGAUCUUGAGGGUUAUAGGGAGACCAGGUACCAGUUACUUCAGCUCCGACCUGCUCAGCGAGCCUCCUGGAUUGGUUAUGCCAUUGCGUACCACCUACUAGAAGAUUAUGACAUGGCUUCAAAAAUCUUAGAAGAAUUCAGGAAGACACAGCAGGCUUCUCCUGAUAAAAUUGAUUAUGAAUACAGUGAAUUGCUGCUUUAUCAGAACCAAGUGCUCCGGGAAGGAGGGAUGUACAAAGAGGCCUUGGAUCAUCUUGACAAUCAUGAUAAACAAAUCUGUGACAAAUUGGCUGUAGAAGAAUGUCGAGGCGAGUUGCUGUUAAAAUUGAACCGAUUAGAAGAGGCUGCAGAUGUAUACAGACGUUUGCUGGAGAGGAACCCUGAAAACUGGGCUUAUUAUCGAGGAUUGGAGAAGGCACUGAGGCCUGUCACUGUUGAAAACAGACUUGGUAUCUAUGAAAGUGCUUGGACCCAGUAUCCUAAAGGAUUGGUACCAAGAAGACUGCCUCUCAACUUUUUAUUUGGUGAAAAAUUCAGAGAGGUUUUGGACAAGUAUUUAAGGAUAAAUUUCAGCAAAGGCUGUCCUCCUGUAUUUACUACCCUGAAGUCAUUGUACAAUGUUAAAGAGAAGGUAUCAAUUUUAGAAGAAUUAGUAGUUGGGUAUGAAACCUCAUUGAAAAGUUGCAACCUGUUUAAUCCAAAUGAUGAUGGGAACCUAGAACCACCUACGACUAGAUUGUGGGUCCAGUACUUUUUAGCCCAGCAUUAUGAUCGAAUUGGACAACACUGUCUUGCUUUGGAAUACAUCAAUGCUGCGAUUGAAAGCACCCCGACUCUCAUUGAAUUGUUCCUUGUCAAGGCCAAAAUCUUCAAGCAUGCUGGGAACAUAAAAGAAGCUGCCAAGUGGAUGGAUGAAGCUCAGGCAUUGGAUACGGCCGAUAGGUUUAUAAACUCCAAAUGUGCUAAAUACAUGCUAAAAGCCAACCUGGUGAAAGAAGCUGAGGAAAUGUGCUCCAAGUUUACAAGAGAAGGAACGGCUGCUGUGGACAAUCUGAAUGAGAUGCAGUGUAUGUGGUUCCAGACAGAGUGUGCUCUAGCUUAUCAGUCGGUGAACAAAUAUGGAGACUCUUUGAAGAAGUGCCAUGAAAUCGAGAGACACUUUGCAGAAAUUACAGAUGACCAGUUUGAUUUCCACACAUACUGCAUGAGGAAAAUGACACUGAGGUCUUAUGUGGACUUGCUUAAAUUGGAAGAUGUGCUACGGUGUCAUCCCUUUUAUUUUAAAGCUGCAAAGGUGGCUAUUGAAAUCUACCUGAAACUUCAUGAUCAUCCACUAACGGAUGAGAACAAGGAAUUGGAGGCAGAUACAGCGAAUCUUUCAGACAAGGAGCUAAAGAAGUUGCGGAACAAGCAACGUCGGGCACAGAAGAAGGCUCAGCUAGAAGAGGAGAAACGCAACGCAGAAAAGGAGAAGCAGCUGAAAAACCAGCGAAAGAAGAAGGAAGAGGACGAGGAAGAGAUUGGAGCACAAAAGGAGGAGCUUAUUCCUGAAAAACUAGCAAAGGUGGAAGGUCCACUUGAAGAAGCUAUUAAAUUUUUGACACCAUUGAAAACUUUGGUAAAGAACAAAAUCGAAACCCACCUUUUUGCUUUUGAGAUUUAUUAUCGAAAAGAGAAGUCCCUUUUGAUGCUGCAGUCGGUCAAACGAGCUUUUGCCAUUGAUCCUGACAACGCAUGGCUCCAUGAGUGCCUGGUUCGGUUCUUCAAAACUGUGUCUGAGAGCAAAAAUCUACCAGAUCCUGUUCAUACAGUCCUGACCCAGCAAAUGAGCAGGUUGUUUGGAGAGACAAACCCAAAGAGUUUUAAUGAGGCUUUCAUAAACAAACACUUGAACUCAAUCCCACACAGGUUAGCUGCUGCCAAAAUGAUGUACUACUUGGAUCCUUCUAGCCAAAAGAGAGCUGUGGAGUUAGCUACAGGACUUGAUGAAUUCCUAGCCAACAGGAGCAUCCAGAUUUGUGUGAAGGCACUGGAGGCUCUGUGGGAUGGUCACCUGGGAGACAGUAAAGAAACGGCUGAAAUAUACCGAGCACAAUGUCAUAAGAUAUUCCCAUACGCUCUAGCAUUCAUGCCUCCUGGAUACGAAGAUGACAUAAAGAUCACAGUGAAUGGGGACAGUGCUACCGAGCCCGAAGAACUGGCUAAUGAGAUCUGAACGAAGACGGUGACUGAAAUGGACCCAUUUUUGUUGCACGCCUAUGAUGUCAGCUCCCCACUCUGUGGACGGGAAUUGUAAAUAUGUGUCAGGGUUUCAUAAAUGCUUACAGAUCAUAGACUUUCAAAAUUGGAGGUCUUUUUUUUAAUCCUGCUGACUUCAAAAAAAUGAAAUUUUAGAAGCGACUCCUGUACUACUGUCUGUUAACUCCCUGUGAGUGGGAAGAUGACAUCACUUGAAUGCACUCAACACCCUUGCAAUUUGGCUUCCCAUGUUUUUAAUGUAAUCUCUAAAAGAAUGUUAGACUGUUAGAAAGGUGGGUGUGAUGCAAAAAUAUGUCCAGUCAUUACUUGUCUUGAGAUUCUCGUGUUCCUCAAGGUCAGCAGCUAUGCUGUCCUAGCACUGGAUCCUCUAAGCACAAACCUUUAUGUCAGGGCUGCAGUGUCUGACAGAAAACAAAUGGAAACUACACGCAGACCACAGGAAAUGCCUGAUGUAAAUUGUGAUGUACAGAUUAAAUGUACCCAGUUUUUUAAAAAAAAACUAGUUAAAAGCAGGAUGGGUGUUUGGAAUUUGAGGGAGCGCGGGGGAAGGAGAAGAAAGGAAAGGUAAAUUAGGGCGCGUACUGACCACCAUUUCUAAAUUCUUCGGAGGGUUUCUAACAAUCCAAAAGAAACUUAGUACAUCUGUAGAUCACCAGCUGUAUUAUGAAACAGUUCUGAGUCUCUUUUCACAGUGCUGCUUAUUGACGACCUAAAUUGGCAAAUUUAGGCCAUCACCAACCAGUUAUUACUUUUUUUUAAAAAAAACUUUGAAAAAUUGAGUGUAUGAAGUAGGAAGCAUUUGCUAAAUUAACUGUUUCAUGUUCUAAUUUACAGGACUGGUCCCUAGACUCGGUACUGUUUUGUUAAUGCAGAUGCAGAUUGUCAUCAGCAGUAACUGUACCAGGCGGAUUAUGUAGAAAAUUAUACAUUGAUCAUUUGGAUACCGGUUUUCCCUUGGUGUAAUGUGUCAAUUAUAGUACUUGAAGCCCUACAUUUCUAAGGAUACUUUUUGCUCUGCAGUUUUACGCAUGCCCCAGACUUUGUAUGUUUUUAAAAGGGGCACAGAAUUUUUGAGAAAAAAAACAAAUUUGCUUCUUUAUUUCUGCAGCUACAAUUAAUUCCCAUGGUUGUCUGAAAUGCAAAAGGUACCAAAUAUACAAUGCAAUAAACAUUUUUUUUUUGAAAA